AGUUUAUCGUUAAUGGUAUUAACAAUGAGAACUUUGGCGAGACUUCGCGGUGUCGUCGACAUACAGCGCCUUCGUGACCAAAGCAUGCAUGGGCGCUUGUUGAUAAUGCCAUGUGUCGCUUAUCGCAUUACCAGCGCACGUGGGUCUGUCAUGCACCGAGAAGCGUUGGAGCCGUUGGUGACAACUUCUCAGAUCUGCUUUUUAUAGAUAACCGCCCAACUUCAGUAGUCUAGACUAAAGAAAUUCACUUUAUUUAUUGUUUUUUUUUCAAUGAGAAUUGGUAGUUUGUGACAAAAACUGCGAAUCUAGACGAAUAUAACUACGUGUGUAGGAUCCCUGGUUGGUCACUGAUGCCGACAAAUGAGAACGCAUUCGAAAUCUGGCUGCGAUUUACGUUCUCAAAUUAUGACAGAAAUUUAGGCGUGAGAGUCGUCUUCGCCUAGACUCGAUCAUGAAUAAAAGGGGCGGGGGGAUGAUACUUAAUUAUAAUUUUUUUCACAAAACUAGUGUUCCUUGGAGGACUGCAUGGCAUAAACUGUGAUAGACACCUGUUCAAACAAGGCUGUGUUUCCGCACCCCUCGACCAUUUAGCUACAUAAAGGAAUUGCGCCGUUUAUAGAACUGAUGUUUUUCGGACGUCCUUCCCGAAAACUAUCCAUGAUUGCACAUAUUCCACAAGAUGCAUCGUUUGUAAUGAUUCCCAGUGACGCAUUUUAAUGCGAAAGCAUUAUAUGCCCCAUUAGUCAGCGGCCUGACCGAAUGAUAGUACCAAAAAUGGCCGACUGCAAAGAGUAAAACUACAUUAAAAAAGAUGCUCGAAUUCACGUCAUAUUACUCAGGGAGGUUCCUGUAAACAAAGCGAAUUCAUGCCUUUGAAAAUAAUAUUGGUUUAACUUCGGUCUCGGUUGGAAUCGAACCCGGUCCACCGGGAUGCGCGACGAGCAUUUCCAGAGACGCCACGGCGGCUCCAUGGUUUUGGUUGACGAAAUGUGUGCCUAGUGAGUGCGUCAUUGGUCACGUGACGGCGCAGCCAAUGGGGAGGAGGUGGCGCCACGUCACGAGUGUAUAAAAUGUAUGAAUAAAAUAGAAAGCAUUACUGUCCAAUUGGAUGCCUCUGAGCAGCCCUACAAGUAAUGAACUCCUCGCAGGCAAGCGAGCUCAUUGAGACACCUGACAUGUUUUCAUUUGGCCUAACCAAGGCGCAGUUAAAACGCAGGCGAGAGCUUGCACAGAAAAAGACAUUUCACCAUAGCAACUAUAAUGAUUUCACAUUCCCACACACAAGCAGUCGCGUGGACCACAACGAGACAUGGUACUGCAGGGCAUUGAAACUUCUGUCACCGUCCAUUCAUCACAUCAAGACAGUCUACGCAGAACUCUCUGUGGACAGCUUUCGGGUCAAAGCAGUGGAACUUUCAUCAUGGACGGGUGCAGAGGAGGACAUUCAGGACUGCUUCGGAUGGCUGAAGUGUGAUGACCCUUGUGGGCCUGUUCUUGCCGUGCUUAGGAUAACUGCCAUCUUGGAGCACUCUCUCGGCGACGUUCUGUUUGGAAAAGGCAUUCAGGUGCCAUUUCUUCUGAAGGACAUCCUGUCUGCACCACAGCUUCAUGAAGUCUUUGGGCCCGAACUUAUGACACUGUUGCAAGUCAUUGUGGGUCCUCCGCAGUCUCUCAACUUGCGCAAUGUCGUCUGGCAUGGGUUUGUCAGGUCAGAGGAGGUUGACAGCAGAUACGCCUACCUCUUGAUCUGCAUUGUCCUGAGCCUCGGUGAACAGAUGAGGCAGCGCCGAGGUGUUGAUGGACAGGACAUACAACGCCGCAAGUGCUUUUCUUUGGAGCGCCAUGCAGUGAUGUUGGACGACUUUCACGAUGUAGAUUUCAGUCGGGAUGAUUUUUUGUCAAUACUGGAGUCCAGUGCCCUGGUCCUUCCAGGACAAAUGGCUUACUGGCAGGCGUGCAUGAAUCUUCUAAGCAGGGCUUUGUAUGCUGAAUGCUUAACAUUGGCAUUGCCCCAGUUGGAAUGUGUGCUAAGGGUUCUCUACACUAAAGUAAAUGACUGCUCCCAUCGGCUAUUAACAGCAGAGAUGUCAACAUUGUACACAACAAUGGAUGAGGUUCUUGCAAAGGAUAUGGAAUCCGGCUUGCCAAAUGCUGUCAGGGUUGCCCUUGGAGACCCUCACUUUGAGAUGUUCCUUGACAUAUUUUCAUACCUCGAAGGACCAAGGUUGCGGGACAAGGUUUCCCACGGUGAAGUGGACCUGAGGACAGUCAGCGAAGGUCUCGUACUUCACCUCUUGCACCUGACAGCAAUUACAUGCAGUAUUGAGCUGCUCAACAAUGCAAAUACUGAGAAUGGCUAUGCCACAGUAUUAAGGAAAGUGUCAAACAGCUAUCGGGCACACUUUCACCCUACUCAGCUUCUGUGGAGAAAGGUACAAGAGGCCAUCCCCAAGUUGCAUCGCCUUUGCACAAACCGAGUAAUUGGUGAAGGCAUAACAGCGAACCAGAAGAUUGGCGAGAUGGAUACCUGCAUCCGUUUUCUGGGCGAGAAGUGGAAUGUAGAACUGCCAAGAAGCUGGAAUUCAAGUCUCCUUGCAGAUCUGGAGCUCCUGACAACGUCCGUGGCGGACAGCGCUCCUGCAACUGUGUUCAGGCCUAGGAAAGAGCUUAUGGUUGUGACAUUGUUGAGACGGAUGUGUGACGAGGCCUGCAUCACCCUGGACCAGCUGAAUGACACACUGACUUCGAGGGCGGAGAACUGGAACUUGCGAGGGUUGCGAUCACGCCGGCGAGAGAACUUCAAGAGGCUCCUGGAAAGUGUGCCUGUGCUGUACGAUGGGAUUUCGUUAACUCUCUGGAUAAUCUUCUGCUGCAUUAGACGAGUCAACGACACUGAGUUGCUCGACGAGUUGCAAUUUGACAAGUUUCUAAGGUUAUUGAAAGCACUGGUGAAGUUUGUCGAGAACUUGCACUCUCAGACGUCUCCCUCCCAAAAUCGGUGGGACGAAUCAUGCAAACUCUCCAGGGAUUGCGUAGCAUUGCUUCUGCAACAUCUGAACAAUGACUCGACAACUCUCUACUCAUCACUGAGUGGGCAUGUUUUAUGACACAUCUGUCAGUACAAUAAAGCUGUGAACGUGUUUCACAUGAAUUCUGCAAA